AUGUCUCAACCUGCAGCGCAAGAGAAGGAUGCGCCAUCCGCCGACCAUUCUUCUGAGAAAGCGGCCCCACCGGAUGUUCCUAACUUGACUCAUGGGCAGGAGACCAACGUUCUCGAAGUCGUCAACGCGGAUUACGCACUCGCGUUGUCGACAGGACCGCAAUUGAGCCCUACGAGUUGGGCAUCUAUUGAACUCUUUGGAAUUUUGUUGGUAGCGUAUAUGGGUAGCCUGUCGAAUGGCUUUGACGGUUCAGGCAUGUUUCCUAAUUUCCAAGGCGAUCAAACAUUAAACGGUCCCAUCAAUAGUGAUGAGCGCAGUGAACGGGAUGCAUACCUUGACUUCUUCGGCAUCGAUGGUCAAGACGCUGGAGGAGGCGUUGGGACCACAACCGCCAUUAUCUUUGGUAUUUAUUCGAUCGGGAGUAUCGCCGCUGUCAUGUUGGCGGGGCCUGUGACUGACCGCUUCGGUCGUCGGGGAGGCAUGUGUUUGGGUAGCACGAUCAUCAUCAUCGGUGCCAUUGUCAUCACCGCGGCCAGAGAUGCGAGUUAUCUGUUAGGCGGACGAUUCACCCUUGGGUUUGGGGUUGCGAUCACCACCACUGCAGCCCCUGCGUAUGUAGUGGAGAUGUCACCUCCGCAGUGGCGUGGCCGGCUGACAGGAUUAUACAACACCUUCUAUUAUACUGGCUCUAUUCUAUGCACUGGGAUUACGAUCGCCACGGGCCGCACCAAUGGAACUGCGUCGUGGCGAGUACCGCUUGGGAUUCAGAUUGCACCCGCUGUCAUCUUGGCUACCAUGUCAUUUGCACUUCCUGAGUCCCCUCGUUGGUUGAUAUCCCAAGGGCGCAACGACGAAGCUCGCAGAAUAUUGGCCAAAUAUCAUGGCAACGGCGAUCCCAAUGCCCCGUUGGUUCAAUUGGAGUGGCGAGAGUUUGAAGAAGCAAUCAAAUUGGACGCGUCUGAUAAACGAUGGUUGGUCCUUUCCUUUCCCAUCUUCGUUUGUACAGGCACGAGGAAGCUUACCCAGCCUUUCAGGUGGGAUUACAAGGAACUCGUGAACACCCCCAAUGCUCGAUAUAGAACAUUCAUGAUGCUCCUAAUGGGCUUCUUCGGUCAAUGGUCGGGAAACGGACUCGGGUACUUCCUUCCAAUCCUCUUUCAAAAUGCCGGCGCAAACUCGCAGAAUCAGCGACUCACAUUGAAUUUCAUCAAUACUGUUGUGUCCGCCAUUGGCGCGCUAAUAGGCACUUCGCUUGCAGAUAAAGUGGGGCGUCGAAGGAUGUGGUUUUGGGGGACACUUGCGUCCGCAGGAACACUUGCAGUAACGACAGGAUGCACCGCCCGAUUUGGGUCUUCAGGAAGUAAUGUUAAUGGAGCAAACGCUGCGAUUGCCUUCAUUUUCCUUUUCGGAUUCGUGUACAGCUUGACAUAUACCCCGCUUCAAGCGAUUUAUCCAGCAGAGGUGUUGAGUUAUAAUACUCGAGCGAAAGGAAUGGCUAUGUAUGCAUUGGCCGUUAGUUGCGCGUCUUUUGUGAACACAUACCCUGCGCCGAUUGCUCUCGGAAGGAUACAAUGGCGAUAUUAUAUUGUCUACGUCGUAUGGGACGUGUUGGAAGCCAUCAUGGUCUACUUUUUCGCGGUUGAGACCAAGGGUAGAACCUUGGAGGAACUAGAUGAAAUAUUCAGCGAUCCUCAUCCCGUCCGGGCUUCUUUGGCCAAAAAGAAGGUGGUCAUUGUUGAGAAGGACGAUCGCAAGGAGGUAGUAAAGGUCCUAGAACCUUGA